AUGGCUUCAUGGGAGGAGCAUGCUAGGAAUUUUUUAUUGGAAGAGGAAGAAGAUGAUGAGGAGCUAUUCUUUGUUCUUCUCCCUGCUGUAAUGCCUUUUCUAGAUGAAGAAAAAAUACCUGAGCACACCUCUUCUCUUCCUGGUGCUAAAAAGGUUAAAGAGAUUCUCGAAGGGCACGAGAAUUGGUGCAAGCAAGAAUUUAGGAUGGAGACUGACAUAUUUAGAUCUGUAGCCAACUUUCUUAGGGCAGAGAACUUGCUCCGUGAUACACGUGGUAUGAGGAUUGAGGAGCAGCUUGGCCUGUUUAUGUACAUGCUCUCUCAUAAUGCAAGUACAGAUUCGCUAAAGAAGGUGUUUCAACAUAGCGGUGAGACAGUGCAUAGGAAAAUAAAUGAGUUCUUCGAUAUCAUUCCACUAUUAAUCCAAAAAUUCAUCAAACUCCCGAAUCCAAGCUGUACACACGUGAAGAUUACAUGUGACUCUAGAUUUAUGCCGUUCUUUCAGAACUGCAUUGGUGCUAUUGAUGGUACGCAUGUCCCUAUUACAAUUUCACAAGACAAGGCCAGUCCCUAUAGAAAUAGAAAAGGGACACUAUCACAGAAUGUGAUGUUUGCUUGUGACUUCGACUUGAAGUUCACUUUCAUCUCAGCUGGAUGGGAAGGAUCCGCAUCUGAUGCAGGAGUGUUGCGGUCUGCUCUUGGCAAGGGUUUUACUGUGCCGGAUGGGAAAUUCUAUCUUGUAGACGGUGGAUAUGCAAACACACCAUCAUUCCUUGCCCCCUACCGAGGAGUCAAGUAUCAUCUCAGUGAGUUCAGGAGACGUGGCCGAUAUGCUAACUACAAGGAAUUGUUCAAUCAUCGGCAUGCAAUUCUUCGGAAUCACAUUGAGAGGGCCUUUGGGGUUCUCAAAAAGCGGUUUCCAAUUCUGAAAGUGGGCACACAUUACCCAAUUGAAUGUCAAGUGAAGAUUGCAGCAGCUGCUGCUGUGUUUCACAACAUCAUUAGAGGGUACAAUGGGAGUGAAGAUUGGCUAGACUACCUACCUGAUAAUAUCAACCCAGCAGAUUAUGUCGACUUGCCAGACGGAGACACUAACUACCCUAGUGAGACGGAAUCAAAUGAUGGAAAUGCCCUACGAGACCAAAUAGCCCAUCAGAUGUGGGCUACCUACAAUGAGUAG